AUGGAAGGGCAGAAGGUGGUGACCGACCCUCGGAAGAUUCUGAUCAAUGUCACAAAGACAAAGUUGAAUAAUCAAACUGGCCAAGUCAAAUUACUACACGAACACAUCACGGAGGCUCUGGCAGAAGUGUGGGAAAAUGAUGAGAUCCGGUUCAUUGGACGCAUGUCUUCGUCCGUGUUCGUGGGACCUGAACUGGCUCGCAGCCCUGAAUGGCAAGAACUAACACUGGCCUCAACGCUGAACACCUUCAUGGGUGUUCGAUCCCUUCGUGCUUGGCCAUCCUUUCUCCGUCCGUUGGUACACUGGUUUCUACCAGAACUUCGGGUAUGUCGUGAGCAGAUGCGCCGUGCACGUCUCAUUCUGCAGCCCAUUUUCGAUAAUAGGGCCAAUGAGAAAGACACGUGUAAGACUGGACAACACGCCAAACAUGAAGACACCAUCCAAUGGAUGGAGGAUGUUGCAGCAGGACGCCCUUACGAUGCCGUCGCGGCUCAAAUCGCAUUUGCCAUAAGUGCUAUGCAUACAACCUCCGACUUGCUCAAGCAAGCUCUUUUAGACAUUUGCAUGCAUCCAGAAAUAAUUCCCGCCCUGCGAGAGGAAGCAACGCAGGCAAUCAGAGAGAGUGGAUGGUCAACUGCGGGCGUUUUCAAGAUGCAACUUUUGGACAGCGCGAUAAAGGAGACGCAGCGGCUGAAGCCUGGCUCUUUGGUGAACCUCGAGCGAAAGGCUCUGAGAGACGUGGUCUUGCCAAAUGGGAUGGUCAUCCCUCGUGGAACCAACAUCGCUAUCGACUCAUCUAUGAUGUGGGAUGCUGAAAUCUAUCCAGAUCCGUUAACAUAUGAUCCAUAUCGCUUUCUUCGCCUACGCGAGUCUGGAAAUUCUGCGAUAGCUCUCGCAUCCACCAGUCCAGAGCAUAUCGCUUUUGGUAUCGGGAAGCCAAUUUGCCCUGGUAGGUUCUUCGCCAGUAAUGAGAUCAAGAUCGCUCUGGCAAAGAUCCUGCUAUCAUAUGAUGUGAGACUUGCUGGAAAGGUGAGGCCUAAGGUUCUGGAAUUGGGCUUUGAAAUGCUCAGUGACCCAGAGGCUAGACUUGAAGUCAGGAAACGGUCCUUAUCAUGA